AUGGAGGAUGGAAUGAAAUACUUAGCCGUAGAUCGGAAGAAGGUUGGCGACCCUACUUUGCAAGCAGAAUGGAGUGCUAAGAAGCUUGUUUGGGUCCCAGACGAAGAGCAUGGAUUUAUCCCUGGAAGUAUUAAACAAGAAAACAAAGAUGAAAUUGUUGUGGAAAUUUCAAGCGGGAAACGAAAGACGUUUAGCAAAGACGACAUACAGAAAAUGAACCCUCCUAAGUUCGAGAAAGUCGAGGACAUGGCUGAACUAACAUGCCUCAACGAAGCUAGCGUUUUGCACAACCUAAAAGAUCGCUACUACUCUGAAUUAAUCUACGUAAGUUCGUUGUUUAACGCUUCAAAUUUCUGAACUUUUAGCGGUGAAAGUUCAUAUUUUAUUGGGGUUUAAUUCUAUCGAGUUGAUAGACAUACUUCGUAUAUUCAUAACCGGAAGUGACUUUAACACUUAUGUUUUCAAACUUUCUUCAAAUCAAUAGAAGCAUGAAUUUAUAUAUUGUGUGCUUCUUUUUUAGACCUAUUCAGGUUUGUUUUGCGUCGUUGUUAAUCCGUACAAACGGUUGCCUAUCUACACGGAUAAUGUGGUGGAAAUGUACAAGGGGAAAAAGAGGCACGAAGUUCCCCCCCACGUCUAUGCAAUCACCGAUACUGCAUACCGAAGUAUGCUUCAAGGUACGCUGUAUUACGUUGUACAGUAUAUUAUUGACAUUCCUUUACUGAUCAAUACUACGAAACGCCUACCGAUUUCUAUAGCUUGGUAAAAAUUAAGUCUGUGUACACCUAACUAAAUUAUUGUAUUAAAUAUCUGCCAUCAUUGCUAGUCUUAUCCGUCUGAAGCAGGCGUGGCUCUCACUUACAGUAAACUUUUAUAUUAAAUUUGAGAUAUAUUUGUGACAAUUUUAUUAGGCUAUUCUAUAGCAAAACAAACAAUAUAGGAAGGCCUUAAAACCUCGAUCGAUAUACCCUAAUAUUCCCAGAAUCUAACAAAUAUAUUGUGACAUUUAAAUCAUGAACCACAAAUAGCUAAUAUUGCUGCAUUAUAUUGGCCAAAUUCUUGUUAUUAUUGUUCAAUUAAAAAACGACGUGUUAAUUUUAAUUAUGCAUAUUAUAUUUUGUAACAUUCAAGUUUGUUUUAAUAAGUUUUAAGGCUAUUUUGCAUCGUUGAAAUGGGAUGGCAUGCAAUAUAAAGCAUCAAGUCAAACAAUAUAAGUAUUUAGUUUAUAGCAAUUUUAAACAGAGAUAAGUUAACUUGUUUACAUAAUUUCAAAAGGUAUGCAAGCAUCCAUUUGCUAAGAAUGUUAACAUCAAUAAUUUCUGUUUUGAGUUUUGACAAAAUGUUGUUAUACUACAUUACAUUACUACAAUAUAUGGUUGCAAUGUGAAACACCAUUGCCUCUUGUGUGGGCAUUUUUUGGAAGUGAUUCACUGUACAUUUUUGUAAACAUUAAUAGCUGCUUGCAUUCAUUUUUGAAGUGGUUUAAUUACAUCAAUGGAAUUUACAUACCAGAGUGAGUUCUGAAAUGCUUAGCAAAAUACCAGAGCAUUAACUAUGUCACUUCUCUCAAUUAUUUAUGCUAACUUGGGUUUACACAUUACCAUUUGUCCGGCUGAUUUCAGUUAAUUCAUGUAAAGACAAAUAUAGUUGGUUUGAUUAUAAGGUCCUCAGAUGAGGUUUAUUGCAUAUUUUCUAAAUAUCAUUUAAGUGCAAUUGAAAUUGGCCUUCAAAUAUGUGCCUUUAUUCUUUUAUUCUAAUACACCGUGACUAAUCUUGCAGAGUAUAAGUUUCACUUUUGCCCAACUUUUCCGGCUUAUUUUUGAAAUUCAAUCUCAUAAUUAUUAUUGUUUUAUUUGAAAACCUCCCUUUUUGUAGACAAAAUAAAAGUUGUACUUGCGUUUAGCUUAUGGAAACAUAUAAUGUGACAUGUUUGUCAAAAUUGUAUUAUAAUUUUAAUCCAGUCGAUUAAAUGGACCCCUGUUUGAGUUAAUUAAAUCAACCUUAACAAAUAAUUACUGGGAUAACUUUUGACAAGGGGUGUCAAAUGUUUUAACCUUAAUUUAGCUCAAUUAAUUCCUGACAUGUUUUACUUGACCAGGAAAAUGAUCAGGCAUUGUUAGACAAAGUAAAAUAACCCAGUCACAUUAGGGUGCAUUGCAGAUUAACACUUUAUUAUAUUUUAUUCAGUCUAACACCAGACGAUUUUACUUGUCAUGGGGAGAGCGCUGCUCCGCUCAUGGGUUAACGAGGCUACAUGUUUCUGCCCAUGUGUCUACAGGGUGUUAGCCAGAAGUAAAAAAAUCCACGUUUACCUGAAUUUGGGAAAUUUAUUUUAGCCUGAAGCCGGCCAUUUUUUUGUGGGUCUGGGGGCAUGCUGUUGCCCCCCCUCGAUUUUUAAAUUUUUUGUGUCUUUGAAAUGGCAUUUCCCUAUUUUGGGAGUAAUUUUGAGCAAAUGUAGUUAUAAACAUGUUUUUAAUGGCGUAUUAACAACAUUGAAUUUCUAUAACUAUUUUUUGGCUGACCCAAAUUGGGAAAUUACGACCUCAUGGUAAUUGGGAAAACCGUGUUUAACGUGGAAUUUUUGACUGUAGCUAACACCCUGGUCUAGUUAACCAUUAAGUUGCGUUUUGAUGAUGUGUGAUAUCCGCUUUUUAAAUUCGAUACGAUGCUUCUAUAUUUGCCCUUUUUGACUGGAUAUUGCUUCGCAACAUCUGUGAGUCUUUGUGGUUUCGUGAGUGUGGGGCAGUUAAACAAUGGGAAAUGACCAGCCUGCUUUGCGUGCACUGUUUGCCUGCGAAUCAGGCCUUUCAGAGCCGGGAAUCAGGCUGGAGCAAGCGUUCAUUCUGGCAAAAGAAGGAUGACCAAUGGUUGAAAUGGAAAAAUUUGCACGGUUCCCAAUUUGCAAAAACAACUGCAAACUGCUCUAAUUCUUUCUGUCACUUUCAUUUGAUCUGUGAGGCCAAAUAUAAAUAUUAGUUGGUUUCAGGUUUCCGACCGACCUGUCAAAAAUAUGACAGGUCAGUCGGUUGACAUUUCCCAGUAGAGAUCAUCUUUUCAUAAAUAGCAGAAUACAGUAUAUAUUAAGUAGUCAUCAGAGUUAUUUGUCAACAAAUUAUUAUGUUAAUUAUACUUUUACACAACAAACAGUUUGAUCACACAUGACAGUUACUCAUAAACAACUAUAUUUAUUGCAUUCUUGAGAUAGAAUAUUUUUUAAAAUAAAAUGUUUUUCAACCUGCCUACCCAUAUAAAACAUGGCUGUGAAACCUGAAAACAGGGCACAAGAUUAGCAGUAUCCCGAUAUCUACGGGAUACCAGAUUUCAAUUUUGGAUACUGGAUAUCAUAGGCUUAGUAUUCCGACGGGAUACUAAAAAAUCGAAAUGUUGGUGAAGGUCGUAUGUUGCUGCAAAAUGUUUGUCAAAAUAAUAUUUUCCGUUGUUUGUUGCGCGAAAAUGGAAUGUACCUGAGCACGAGGUUAAUUUCUGCCUCUCUGUUUUCGGCAAUGAUUGCUCAUUCCAAGGUGUACAAGAUGCUGAGGAAGUGGGAUAUGGCCAAAUGUAAUUGCCCAAGCAAGAUGCGAUCUAGUAUCCACUUGGAUACUGGUAAAAAAUUCAAAUCUUGAGCCCUGCUGAAACGAACUAUUAUUUUUAUUUGGCCUGAGACAGCCUCAACGGCCUUUGAUUUCAAUACCGAUAUUUUUGUAAUAUACAGAUAUAACAAUAGUUUUAUGAUAUACGAAAAACAGUAACGACAAAUUUUAUUUAGCAUUGUUUGUCUGUCAACACCACCACAUUCCAUACUUUUCUUUGUUGUUUCUGCUGACCCUCAGGCAAAAUAUUGCAGGCUCAGCAGUAUUGAAACAAUCGAUAUUUUUCGACAGUGUCAGUACUUUUCUUUCAGACUUUGACAGUAUUGAAUAGUUGGUAUCAAUAUUGGCCAAUCACUAGCCUAAAGGCCUUGUUAUAUGAGGCAAUUAGCAUGAGGUGGUUUCUACAAAAAAAGAGAAACGAGAAAAAACCGAGUGAACCGUUUUUAUUUUUUAAAAACACAUUCGAAAAUCAAAACUACGGUAAAAACAACACAUUACUCAGUACUCACACAAUUACAAAAUUUCUGUGUGUGUAAAUGCCAAAACUUGAUUUAAGUAAAAUACCGAUUUUUCUUCAGGGUUUUUCGUUUCCCCUGUUUUUUUCUGCCCCCCCCCUGAUUUUUCCGUCCCCCCCAGUUUUUCCUCGCGUAACAUAUGGUCUUUCAAAAUGCCAGAUGAUUUUACUUGUCAAGGGGAUCGAGAGAGCUGCACCACCACUUCUUCCAGAAUAUGCCUUAUGACGUCAUUAUGCAUAAGGUCUGUUUUCUUUCAAAUGAUGAAAACAAAUAGAUCGCAAAACUUUUAAUAUAUAGAGAAUUAGACAAGUCUAUAUUAUUAGCACUGACGAAGAUCCAUGCUUACAGAUUGAAAGCUUUGCAGUGAUGAAUACUGUAUAUGUGGUGUUUUUGACAAACCGGAAGAUUAUAUAUUGUUUUUCGCGAUGCAAACAUUCAAGGAAUUGUCACAUAUAAUUAUAGCAGUAUCACUGUAUACCAGGCAUACUGCAUGUACUGUCCUGCAAGUUUAUUGGACAAUGUACGUGUCCAGCCUCUUAAUUUCAGGCUUGUACAGUAUAUACUGUAUGGAUUAAUAGCACAGUAACAUAAACUUCAACCCAUGUUAUGUUGUGUAAAUGUAAUGAUUUUAUUAUGUAAUUUUAACACUUUUUUCUACUUUUUUUUCUAGAACGAGAAAAUCAAGCAAUUCUUUGCACGUAAGUAAUUUUCGUAUCCUGUAGCUUAUUUGCAAACUUAUUUAUUUGUAGAAAAGGAGUGAGGAAUUACCGUAUUGUAGUCAACUGUUCAAAUAAAACAUUCUAAUAAUAUGUCUGUGUUUAUUUCAGUGGUGAAAGUGGCGCAGGGAAAACAGAGAACACAAAGAAAGUUAUUCAAUAUUUGGCAUCGGUUGCUGGACAUAGCAAAGCACAUGUUUCAUCCACAGCACCUCCCAUGAGCCCUAAAGUUGGUGUGGCUAGUGGACAGGUUUGAAUAUCUUGUAUAUCUUCAGUUACUAUACAGUUUUGGUGGCUAUUCUUUGUGCAUCAUUUGAAGGGACCACAGUAAUUGGUUUAUACUGUUGUGGUGUCCCCGCCGUUUGUUGUACUGUUUUGUUGUCUAUAUGAGUCGUUAGUUACUGUAUGUCACAAUAGUAUGUUGUAGGGAUGCACCGGAUAUCAUCUGCCUGACAUUGAUAUAACAUGUUAUAUCGCUACAGAGUUUUAAUUCUAUUUCACAACCAUCUUCAGAAAUAUGAAAAACUAGUUUUGUAUUAUUCUGAAACUACAGAUUACAACGAAAAAUUUGUUAUCUUGAGCGGCAUUUGAACACAUUGCCAUGUUGCUUUUGGAAUUUUCUUAUUGUUUUCCAUCUUCUCCAUGUUGCUUUCACAAUUUAGGCACUAUUUUAUUCUCUAUACAGUAUGUCUCCAUUUCGAUCCAAUAUUGCAGGUCAGAAGUUACCCUAACAGGGCCUCUAUUUUGCUGGAAUUGAGCCCCAGUCACAGAGGAUAAAGAUACGAUGCACUAACGUUCCUUUAGUUAUUCAACACGCCUUAAUCCUUUUAUGUUUAAGGUUGAACUGGAGAGACAAUUGCUGGAAGCAAACCCAAUUUUGGAAGCAUUUGGAAAUGCUAAAACUGUCAAGAAUGAUAACUCCUCCAGAUUUGUAAGUUUUGCAUCCAUUUCUAACAGUUAACCCGUGAAGUUGCAUUGCACCAUCAUGCACCAAGGGGAGAGUGUCAAUUGGUGCUUAGUGGGUUAACCAGACUAUCUGCCCAUGUGUCUGGUUAACUCAGUAUGUUGCAUUGCACCCUAAUGUCCCCUACUUUAUUAUUUUACUCUGUCUAAUGAUAGACGAUUUUACUUGUCAAGGGAAGAACACUGGCACUGAAUGACUAUCUGCCCACAUGUCCAGUUAAGCAGAAUAAGUAGAUUUUCAAAUUCACUUUUCCAUCCAAAGAUCCACUACCCCUUUACAGCACAGCACGGCCCUGCAUGAUCAUGACAAAUAGUCAAAUACUAUAAUUGUAUUGUUGACCCCUUAUCUUCUGUUUCCAGGGUAAAUUCAUCAGGAUCAACUUUGAUACUUCGGGAUUCAUUGCAGGCGCAAAUAUUGAAUCUUGUAUCCUUUAUGUUGUGUAUUAUUGAUUACAACUUUCUUGGGUGAAACAAAUUAACCCAUUAGGUUACAAUGGACCCAAUUGCACUGACUUUAUCAUUUUGCUCUGUCUAAUACCAGAUGAUUUUACUUGUCAAGGGAAGAGUCUUGUGCAUUAAUGGGUUGAGCAUGUGCAAGGUACAGUAUAGUAUUUUAGUGUAUAACCUUAACAGGGUUUAGAUCUUUUGGAGAAAGCUCGUUGUGUAAGACAGGCACCUGACGAAAGAUGUUUCCACAUUUUUUAUCAAAUUCUAAAUGGCAUGAAUAAACAGAUGAAAGGUACUGUACAGUAAAGUUUAGCACUGAGCUUUACGGUGUUUGAAAUUUGCAGUAUGUUGACAUCCAUGGAUUACAUGUACCAGAUGUCUGCUGGAUAUUCUGGGUGGAUAGCAGAGUUCAAGUUGCAGGUGGUAGACAGACUACUGUAAAGUCUGUUACAGUACUUGACGUUUGUACGUACUUGACGACAACUACAGUAUAACAAAACAGGUUCUGAAAUUUAAAAUAUUUUACAGUUAGUACCACACUGGGAUACCAGGAUUCAAAGUUCUAUUACCCCAUCUGGUUAGCAUAAAUUUUGGUAUCCCUUAACCAUCAAAAUAAGUAUACAGUACAUGUCUCUCAUUAAAUUACAAUAACAGGAGACUCCAACAGUCAUCAACUAGACAACCAAUUAAGUUGGAAAGCAAAGGCUAUUAUUUAGUUAUUUUCAAAAAGGCAGACUUGUAGUAUUCAAGGCUAACUUGGGAGACCACUGGAGACAUUUAGAAUUAUCCCAAUGUUUGAAAUUUUGUAAUAUGCACUUAUCCAGUCAGGAUACAAGUCAUUCACAGUUUGGUAUCCAAAACCAAAUCUUAGUAUCCUGUGAAUAUCAGGAUACUGCAAAUUUCAGGCCCUGCUAAAUAUGAUAACUGACAAAAAUGAUAAAACAGUGAUUUGGAACUGGCAUAUCUUACAAAUGAUCAUACUAACAGUAGGGAUGAGCAGAUUGUUUAAUGGGUGACUAAUAAUACCAAAUAAUCGGCUGAUUAAACAAAAGCCGAUUAUUCCCAUUUACACAGUUGCCAGUAGGCGUUAGUUGUUAAGGUGACCUCAGAUGCUUUUGAGUUUUAAAAUGAAACUUGAGAAGCUAAUGUAGCAAAGCACUCAUGGAGUUACAGUAUCUCUAGCAUUCAUUCAUGUCUCUUCCUCCCUUCUAAAGCUGGAUAUAUAAAUUGAAAAGUUUUCCACUUCUUUUUCAUGACAUUCUCUUUUGUCUCAUGUAAUGGUCCUCCGUGCUCACACAUUGUUUUCCACUAAGAGGAAAUCCAGCUUAAGCUACACACAUAAUCCAGCUUCAUGGUCAUGGGGGUCACAUGUAUAAGUGAUUAAGUGUUAAUUUUCUCACUUAAUAUUUGUUUUUCUGAUAAAGAGAUAAGAGGGGGAUAAAUGCAAGAUCUUAUUUGUACCUAUUUGUGUAGGUACUAUUUGUACCUAUUUGUGUACGGAUAUAUCCGGUAUACUGGUACCAGUAUUUGUUUACAUACCGGUUUGGCGAUAUUGACAAUUUAAAAAUACCGAUAUACCGACAUUUCGGUAUUUUGCUGCCUAAUACCGAAUUGAAAGCUAUUUCAAGUCAAAGAUUGUUCUCCGAAAAAAAAUUUUUCCGAAAAAAUUUUUAAAUAGUGGUCCCUAAAAAAAAAAUUUGCCCCGGGCCCCCACCAACUUCUCGGCGGCCCUGCUAAUAACAGUAUGUGCCACAAUAUUUUGUCAAAACUUGAUUUUUCUCGACGGUCAGCAGUUCAGUUUGGCUUUAAAAAAAAAAACACGUUAAAAAUACCGGUAUACCGGUAUUUACCAGUAUUAAUUCUGAUGGCAGUAUAUCGGUAUUUGGUAUUUGCGAUAUCGAUCCACUCUAUAAUCGGCUCAUCCCUAACUGACAGCUGACAAAUGCCUUGAAUUUUAUUUGAAAAUGAACAUUUGAAGCUUCUGUUAAUACAGUGCCUUGUACAAAUUAGAACAUUUGCCAUGACCUUAUUGUUUCUAUUCAGAUGAGUUCCUGUUUGAUGAUAUUGGAUCGUAUACCUUCCUCUCAAAUGGAAACGUUGAGGUUUCUGGCAUCGAUGAUCGUUCUGAUCUGAAAGACACUUUGGUGAGUGAAUAGAAUAUACUGAAAUUUGACAUUAUGUUGUAUAUGUUGUAUACUGUAGGCAGGUUUCAGAAGCAUGAUAGGACAGCCAAUGGUGUUCAGCUUCAGAAAUAUUGACUGUUGAAACUUAUAAAAUAUAAGUAAAUCAAACUAAAUCAGUACUGUAAGUCUCUCAAUUAAAUUAAAUUGGUUCUAAAUACAAGACCACAUAUAAUGAAAAGAUUAUUUUCUUACUCGGAUAACAGUAGUUAGCAAACCUUCAACUGCUGCAUGAUAAUUGCUUUAGUUGGUGAAAUCGUAAGUCAGACCAUCCUGCAUGCCCACACACACCUUGGUGCAUGCUUAUGGAGAUGUGAAAUUUAUUGCAUGUCUCAAUUAAGCUGUAAUGCAAAAUAUAUUUCUAAAAAACUAUUUGUAAUUAGUUGCAAGCCCUGCAGUAAUGAAAUGCCCAGUGCAUUCAGAAUGAAAAAGUGAUUGCACCCCACUGCACACCUAACAAGACCAAGGAGUGCGAUUUAUUGAGCCCCCCCCCCCCCCCCUCUCCUUCCUGGGAUGGAAGAAGUUUUGAUUCGAAUUUUGAUUGUUUGUUUUACUAUUUUAGACUGGAAUGAAAGAUAUGGGAAUUACUCAGGAUGAAACAAAUUGUAUGUCUAUACCAAGUUUGUACAUUAGAUAGUGAUAGUGUAGACUUGUGACACAUAUUGACAGUGCUCUACUACCAAUGCUCCACUGCCAGUGCUCUACUGCCAAUGCUCUACUGCCAAUGCUCUACUGCCAAUGCUCUACUGCCAAUGCUCUACUGCCAAUGCUCUACUGCCAGUGCUCUACUGCCAGUGCUCUACUGCCAAUGCUCCACUGCCAAUACUCCACUGCCAAUACUCCACUGCCAAUGCUCUACUGCCAAUACUCCACUGCCAAUACUCCACUGCCAAUGCUCCACUGCCAGUGCUCUACUGCCAAUGCUCUACUGCCAAUGCUCUACUGCCAAUGCUCUACUGUCAAUGCUCUACUGCCAAUGCUCUACUGCCAGUGCUCCACUGCCAAUGCUCCACUGCCAAUGCUCUACUGCCAGUGCUCUACUGCCAGUGCUCUACUGCCAAUGCUCUACUGCCAAUGCUCUACUGCCAAUGCUCUACUGCCAGUGCUCUACUGCCAGUGCUCUACUGCCAGUGCUCUACUGCCAGUGCUCUACUGCCAUUGCUCUACUGCCAGUGCUCCACUGCCAGUGCUCCACUGCCAGUGCUCCACUGCCAGUGCUCCACUGCCAGUGCUCCACUGCCAGUGCUCCACUGCCAGUGCUCUACUGCCAGUGCUCUACUGCCAGUGCGCUACUGCCAGUGCUCCACUACCAAUGCUCCACUACCAGUGCUCUACUGCCAGUGCUCUACUGCCAAUGCUCUACUGCCA